UUGUCGGCGCAGGGCUCUGCCGAGAAUGGACACAAAAUUAGAGGAAAAAGGCGCCAGUCAGGAAAAUAAAAUAAAAUUAACUUUAUUAAACAGUACCGGCUAUGUUUUUGAGGUAAAAGAUUAUAUGACCCUGCGCAAGCAUCACCACAUAGUGGGAGCUCUGGUGGGCACUUGUACCAAUCGAGGAUGGUCGGCCAAUGAUUGCACCAUGCCGGUUGAGUUGUCACCCUUGGAGACAAGACUUUUGUUAGAGCAAGGUAUUGCCGAGUUGGUUUCUAAGAAAGAGCAUUUGUUAAGGGAAUCGAGUAACGAAGAGCUACUUGAAUGGGAAAACUUUGAUGUAAGAAUAAAUCAACAAAAGGACACUUUAAAUGAGGAAAAGUUGAAAGAAUCUGAGAGGAAUAUGGAGAAAAUUAUGGCCGGGAAAAGGAAAAAGUUGCUCAAGCAAGGAGUACAGGAGAAAGACAUUCAUUUACAUCCCUCAGAGAUAUUACAGGAAAUACGUGCUGGCCUUAAAUUCGACAGUAGGAAUGCUUUACUGGACAUACCCUGUGCACAUGCAGAGGAGCAUGAAGCCCAACUGGUGCAUUUCCUGGAACCUGAUCAUUCCCUCAAAUAUUUAGUUUUUCGCGAUUACUGGUUACAAGGCAAAUAUGUAACCUGUGGUGAUGCCUUUGGUGCCGACUUCUUAGUCUACCCAGGAGAUCCUCUUCUAUAUCAUGCUUCCCACAUUGUUAUUUUGCAAAGCUCUAAAAUCAAUCCUUUGGAUUUGGUGACAAAAGUACGUCUGUCGGUGACUGUAAACAAAUUGUGUGUUUUCGCCUAUUUAGAUGAGGAGGCAAAGGAUGAGGAUGGAAAACCUAAAAUCAUCUAUCAAACAUUUGUUUGGGAAGGUAAUCGUGGCAAGGAGCGUUGAGAACUUUAGAAGAAGCAAGGGAGUUAUAAUUCAAGACAGAAAGGUAAUUUUUUUUAAAAUUUUUCUAGUUUUGUAAAAAAA